CUAAACGCACUUGGAAACCUGUCCUGGAAUGCUGUUCAGAAAAUUCUGUUUGCCUUUGACACAUUUCAUAUGAUAUUUCCUGUGUUCACUUACAGUCUCUUGGUAGCUGUGAGAAGAGAAGUACUGCUAUCCCCACAUACACCACUCAAAUCGCAAAGCUCAGUUUGGAGAGUGCCCCCGCUACUGCUCGGCCGGCCACGAUCGCACCUUCAGCCACUGAGCUCCACAGCGGACGUCACAGCAGGUGUAUCCAAGGCAAUGUACAACCCAUACUACACAGUGACCCAGCCUGCGGUCACAGUAACCCAGCCUGGGGCUACGAUAGUCCAACACAGGCCCCAGCCUACCAUAAUCCAACACUCAGCCACGCCUACCGUAAUCCAGACACCAAAUGCAACGGUGGUGCAGGCAAAACCACCGCCCACAAUAAUCCAAACUACGUCUCAGAGCAGAGUAAUCGUCCAGCCACAGGCCAUGCCUACUGUAAUCCAGCCCGCGGUACAGCCCGCUGUUACGGUGGUCCAGCCACAGGUCAUGCCCACUGUAAUCCAGCCCAUGGUACAGCCCGGAAUCACUAUGUACCAAGCCCCGGCUGCGAACACUGUGGUAUACCAGCGAUAUUUCUGAUUCUGUUCUGGGUGAGGAAUUGCGGGAGAACCUGAAGAACCCAAAGAGCCUGCAUGACUCCAGCUGUGAUUACAAGCAUGCAGAAUUGCACUAAACAAUUGAGGUGUAGGGGUCUUGUAAUAACCUAUGAAAAUGAGCAGUUAAUAAAAGUGUAGUUAAGCGUGGAAUAUGUAUCAGAGCGCAACACACUAUAUUAUAUCUAGUCUGAACAGAAGGUGUCUUUAUGUACUCAACCGGGAAUAGCUCCCAUUCUCAUCAUAUUCAAGAAACGGCAUCAAAUUCUAUAUACAUUUAUUUAGUAAUGUCUAUGAUUAUGAGUGGAAUUAAAUUUUUAUGUUUGUGCAGUCAGAAUUACGAGUGGUGUCAGUUUCAAAAUAAACAUACAUAAAUAAACACAUAACUUUUGUUAAUUUCAAAUUUAAUGAUAUUAGACAUCAAAAGACUACAAUAACCAGCCUAUCAAACUGCCGGAAAAUAUUUAGGAUUUUUUAGUAUAAAUUUUCUGACAUUAUAUUUUAUAUAGUUUUAUUCUGGUUAAUAAAUCAUUGGUUAAUCCAUCAAAAUGUUUUGAUCAUUCAGUAAAUUCAGUAAAUCAUUCAGCAAAUUGUAACUAUCUAAUAUUACAGAUAAUAUGCACAACAAAGACUUCAUGAAUGAAUUAGGAUUAACUGCUGAACUACACUGGACCUGGGGGGAGGGUGUAACACUCACAUGAUGUUCUAGAUUAUUCUAUUUUGAAUCAAAUACUUGAAAGUGUAAUAUUUACUGUAAU